CUUGAGCAUUUUUGCGCUAGACAGCUCCGCUUUGCGUUACGUUUGGCGAUUCGCACUUACGUUUCGAUCCCUUUCUGCUACGCCAGAAAAAUUUGUUGGCGUGUUUGUCAGACGUUGCGAAGUAAUUCGGUUUUUGUGCCAAGGAACAGAUAGUAAAACAGCAAAAAUGUACGGCGGUGAAGACUUUAAUAACACGCAGCAGGACUUUUAUGAUGAUUAUGCGCACACCGGCGAUCCAGCGCUUGAUUUGGAGUAUGAGCGCAAUUACUACGCCAACCGCAUGCCGGAGAAUGUCAAGUACUUUCUCAUUAACUUCUGUCAGGCGAUCAAGGAGGGGAAUCUCUACGAUAUACAGAAUAUGUAUGAGAACACAUUCCCACAGAUCAGCGAUCACCACUUCGACAAGAGUGCCUGGCCCGAGGAGCAGGAGGUGGGCGCCAUUGUGGACAAUGACAAAGUGUUUCUGAUUCUAUAUAAGGAGCUGUACUAUCGCCACAUCCAUGCUCGCAUCCCUGGUGGUCCCAAGCUGGAUCAGCGCAUUAACUCGUUCUUCAACUACUGCGAUUUCUUCAAUCUAAUCAUUUCGGCCCAGAAUCCGGUGCUUCUCGAAUUGCCCGACAUCUGGUUAUGGGAGUUGGUGGAUGAGUUUGUCUAUCAGUUCCAGAACUUUGCACAAUAUCGUGCACGCUUGACGGACAAGUCGCAGGAUGAGAUUCAGCAGCUAUGCGUGAAUCACAGCAAUGUGUGGAGUAUUCUGUGCAUUCUGAACGUGCUCCAUUCGCUGGUCGAUAUCUCGAACAUCAAGAAGCAGCUGGAGGCCAUCUCGCAGGGCAUUGAUCCGCAGACCGUGGCUGGCGAUUUUGGCAAAUUAGCCUUUUACAAGAUGCUCGGCUACUUCUCGCUGGUCGGUCUGCUACGCGUCCACUCGCUGCUGGGUGACUACUACCAGGCCAUUAAGGUGCUGGAGCCCAUCGAGAUUCACAAGAAAUCGGCCUAUUCGCACAUACCCGCUUGUCAGAUAUCGACAUCGUACUACGUGGGAUUCGCUUACAUGAUGAUGCGUCGCUAUGCGGAUGCCAUUCGCACCUUCUCCGACAUCCUGCUGUAUAUUCAGCGCACCAAGCAGCUGUACAGUACGCGCUCCUAUCAGAACGACCAGAUCAACAAACAGGCCGAGCAGAUGUAUCAUUUGCUAGCCAUUUGCCUGGUACUGCAUCCGCAGUGCAUUGAUGAGUCCAUUCAGCAGGUGUUGCGCGAGAAGAACUAUCACGAUGCCAUGUUCAAGAUGCAGUGCGGCGAUCUGGAGGUCUUCAAGUCAUUCUUUGUCUUUGCAUGCCCUAGAUUUGUUAGCCCUUGUCCGCCCGUCGCCGAUGCGCCCCUGGAAGACUACGUCAAGGAUCCGAUGGAGCACCAGCUGCUUGUGUUCAUGGAUGAGGUGCGCCAACAGAAGGAUUUGCCAACAACCCGCUCGUAUCUAAAGCUCUACACCACAUUGCCGCUGACCAAACUGGCCUCCUUCAUCGAUCCCAAUGCCAACGAAGAUGAUGUGUCCAAGCUGCUGAUACGUUUGCUCUGCUUCAAGCACAAGAUGCGCAAUUUGGUCUGGAGCAAGGGUCCCAGUGGCCUCGAGGGCACCUUCAAGUCUGGCUCUGAGCUUGAUUUCUACAUUGACGAUGACAUGAUUCAUAUUGCCGACACCAAGGUCUCACAUCGAUAUGGCGAUUUCUUUGUGCGUAAGAUAAUGAAGUUCAAUGAUCUGAAUCGCAAGCUAAAGAACAUCAAUAUUUAAGCACAUAAACCAAGUACACUGUAAACGUUCGUAAACAACUUAUUUAAAAUUCCAAUUUGGACUCUAUUUUUUUUUGUUUUGGUAUCAAUAAAAACAAAAGAUGCGCAGAGACGCAGCGAGAGGUCUCAAAAAUUCGAAAUGGACAUCAUUUA